UUGAGGAAAGGUUGCAAGCUUUUCAUCGGGGCAAGCUCAGACACAAAUUAAAACUAUUGACAGUUUGGCUUUUCCAGAGGUUUAAUCCCCCUUCCCCACUUUAUGGCUUCCAGUUCCAACAUGGAUAUAGAGGGCGCGACCCAGCACCUUAGGGACAUCUUGAAACUGGAUCGUCCUGGUAAUUCGGCCGGUAAGUUGCCGGGAAAAGGAGCAGCUAGGCCGCGGCGGGAUGAUGUUGCGCACUCGCAUUCCGCAUGGCUGUUGUCGCUCAAAAAUUUUGAUUUUCUAAAGUCCUCUUUGGUUGAAAGCCAAAGAAAAACAUCUUUCAAUGGAGAGUUGAAUGGAGUUCUUGGAGCUGAGCUUGGAGCAAGUGGACAUAUGUCGGUGGAGCAGAGUACUCACAACUCGGACAAACUCAAUGGACAGGACACACAGACCAUUUGCCUUUCAGGAGAUGAUGAGUCCACCUAUGUACCCAUCAGAGCAAACAACGUGGAAAUUGUGUCCAGUCGUGACUCUAGCAUUGACAGUAAGGCUCGUGGUAGCAACAAGGUGAAAAUUCAAACAGUCGCCAAAUAUGACUGGGAGCACAAGUACUACUAUGGCAAUUUAAUAGCCGUCUCCAAUGCAUACUUGGCUUAUGCCAUCAGAGGUGCAAACAACCACAUGAUCCGUGUGUUUCGGUUGGAUUCUGCUGAACGCUCCCUAUUAAAGGGCUUCACUGGUGCAGUCACAGACCUUGCCUUCGCCCACCUGGGCUCCACCCUGUUGGGCUGCGUGGAUGAGGCUGGAAACAUGUUCAUUUGGCAGCUCACGAUCCAAAACAGCAAAAUACAAGAUGAAGUGAUAGUUCACAUCCGUAGGCCUGAGGACACACCACUGAACUCCAACCGCAGACUGAUCUGGUGUCCCUUUAUCCCAGAGGACAAUGAGGAGAACCCAGAGGAUGCGUGUCAGACGUUAGCCCUGCUUCACGAAGACAGAGCCGAGGUUUGGGAUCUUGAUAUCCUCCGUUCCCAUAACAGCUCGUGGCCUGUGGAUGCCACAGACCUGAAAGAGGGCUUCAUCACCAUCAAAGGACACACGGCACGCAUUAGUGAGGGAGCACUUUCCCCUGACGGCACAGUUCUGGCCACAGCUAGUCAUGAUGGUUAUGUCAAGUUUUGGCAGAUCUACAUUGAGGGACAGGACCAACCCAGAUGCCUGCAUGAAUGGCAGCCACAUAAUGGACGUCCUCUUUCCUGCCUGCUCUUCUGUGACAACCACAAGAAGCAAGACGCAGACGUUCCUUUCUGGCGCUUCCUCAUCACUGGAGCUGAUCAGAACCAGGAGCUGAAGAUGUGGUGCACAGUAUCAUGGACCUGCUUGCAAAUUAUCAGAUUUUCUCCAGAUCCAUUCAACAGUAGUGUGCUACCCAGCCUGAAAGCCAGUUUGGACCUAUCUGCAGAGCUUCUUAUUCUUAGUGAUGUUCAGAGGAAGGUAUUGUACGUAAUGGAACUUCUACAGGAUCAGGAAAAAGGUCACGCUAGCUUCACCGCAGUUUCUGAAUUCCUGCUUACACACCCUGUGCUAAGCUUUGGUGUGCAGGAUGUCACCCACACACGACUGCGCCACACUGAGGUUCUACCACCGGAUGAGGAAAGCGAAAGCAUGACGGCAGAAGGAAGCCAAGGACCUUCAGAGUCCAGAUCAGGAAUCCAGAUUAAACUUUACUGUGUGCAUACAAAAUCGCUACAGGAUGUGCAGAUUUGGUUCCAACCCAAUCAGGGUGCCACAUCAUCCCACUUUAUGCCUCAGACUGGAUCUCAGGGUGGCUUUGGCUUCUCUGACCCCUUGGCAGAUCUGAAUGUGGAGGCCAUGAGCUCUGACAAGGAGUCUGCAGAUAGCGGGUCACAGAAUGACUUGAGUAAGAUUCUGCCUCUCCCAUCUCCAGCUGACUUCAUGAGUCCAGCUCCGUCAGCAAUGCCCACCCUCAUGACCCCGGACGCCUUCAUGACCCCCAGCACAUCCAUGCCCGCCUCUCCUGGCAGCAGUGCCAGCAGUCUGACUAUCGUAACAGCCAUGAGCAGUUCAGACAGCGGAACAAGGGGUGGAGAUGAUCUGGCCCAGAGCCCCAAAAUGUCUGUGGAGUGUAGCAGCAGCAGUUUGGCUCUCAAUGCCAGCACAAGCAGUCCAAGAUCCAACUCCAUCCUCAUCUCAGGCCUUGGGGACAACAUCCAGGUUUCCCCUCCAAACCCCCCUCUCUCCCUGGACCUCCAGGCUAUAGAUCCCAUGGUGGUCCCCCAGGCCUCUCCGACCAGAGCUCGCUCUCCGGAUGUCAUCUCCUCGGCAUCUACCGCCAUGUCCCAAGACAUCCCCGAGAUCGCCUCUGAGACCUUGCAGAGAGGGCUGGGUGGUGCAUCCGCCGACCCCAUUUCCGCUCUGCAUUCGGACAGCAUGGCAUCAGCUGCAUCCGUCCUCCACCUGCUGUCCCCAAGACGUCGGAGCGGUGCGGAACACAGCAUGCUGCCUCUGGAUCGGGUCGUAACUGCUGUGGAUGGAGAGCAGAGACUCAAUAACACGCCCUCCCUGCUGGAGACGGCUCUUUCGCAGGAGAACGCGGCUGCUGCCGCGGGAUCCUGUUCAGACAACAGCGUGAACCAUGCUUGGCCUGCGGCUCCGGAUAUUACACGUGAGACUCGCAAUAGCCUGAGAGACAAUGGUCUGGGAGACUGCUCCAGGGAGGAGAUAAAGGACAGACACAUUUCUUCACCAUACCACAGACGCACUUAUCACCUGACACAGAACGACAGUCAAGAUGCAAGCGCAGAGCAGAGCGAUCAUGAUGAUGAAGUUGCCAGUCUGGCCUCAUCCUCUGGAAACUGUGGCCCUCGUGCCUCUCACAGACUUCCUGUAAAAGACUGGAAGACGUCACCUCGCGGUUCUCCUAAACUCAAGAGGAAGAGCAAGAAGGAUGAGGGCGAGUCCUCACAGUCAAGACAGACUGACAGCCAGAUGAGCGUGGAGGUACAGGACGAGCUCUUGCAGAUGCUCAGGACUCAGCAGAGGGAGAUCGCUGAGCUCAGACAGAACCAGCUAGACCUGCUACAGAGGGUCACAAACCACAUGGAUGCUGUACAGAGCUCAAUCAUGGCUCACAUCGAGCACGCCAUGCUGGCACAACAAGAGCAAGAACAGAGAAGAAUGGAACGAUUUUUGGCAGAGGGACAAAGCCGGAACCAACAGCUUCAAGACCAGCUGGUUCAGCAGCUGGUCCAGACUAUGAGCAACAGUCUGUCCAACCGGCUGGACAAAGUUGUACGUGAAGAAAUGAAGAAGACCGUCCCACAGACCAUAUCAAAGAGUCUCGAACCCAUGACUAGCCAAAUGAGCAGCACCAUCGCUGCUAAAUUAACCGCCGUCGAAGGAGCAUUGAAAGAAAAUGUCACCAAAGUUGUUAAGUCCAAGAACACUACAGAUGCGAUCGGCCGUGCUGCUGCAGAGGCCAUGCAGGGUCCCAUCCAGGCAGCCUACAAAGAGACCUUCCAGAGCAUCGUCCUGCCUGUGUUUGAGCGAGGCUGCCAGUCCAUGUUUCAGCAGAUCAAUGACAGCUUCAAACAGGGGACCAAUGAAUACAUUCAGCAGCUGGAAACUCACAUCAAGAACAGGAAGCAGCAGGACCAGGAUGCACGGGAUCCUGUGAUUGGCCAGCUGCAACAGAUGAUUGACACAGUCCAGAGUUCCCAAGACCAGCUGGCCAACACUGUGACAGCCAGUGUGCACUCUGAUGUUCAGCAUCAGCUCCACAUGAUCGUUGGAAAUCUCCAGGACUCCAUUUUGACGCAAGUACAGCGCAUAGUUAAGGGAGAGGUGAGCCUGGCAAUGAAGGAGCAGCAGGCAGCCGUCACCUCCAGCAUCAUGCAGGCCAUGCGCUCGGCCGCAGGAACACCUGUCCCCACAGCACACCUGGACUACCAAGCCCAACAGGCCAGCAUUCUGCAAUUACUACAGCAGGGCCAGAUCAACGAGGCUUUUCAACAGGCUUUGUCUGCAGCCGACCUGAAUCUGGUGCUGUAUGUGUGCGAAACCAUCGACUCUCAGCAGGUCUUCAGCCAGCAGCCCUGUCCACUCCAUCAGGCCGUCCUCCUGUCGCUCAUCCAACAGCUCUCCACAAACCUUAGCACACGCACAGAACUAAAGAUCAGCUAUCUGGAGGAUGCUGUGAUGAACCUCGACCAUGGGGAUCCAGUUACCAGAGACCAUAUGUCUGCAGUGCUGUCCCAGGUACGACAGAAGCUCUUCCACUUCCUGCAGCAGGAUACCCACAGUCCCCUGAGCAAACGUGCUAGGCGCCUCAUGAUGAUGCUUCAGGGUCUGGUCAAUCACUAGAGCUAAGAGCUGACACCAUCCAGCCCCAGAUGGCGCUGCUGACAUCUUCAUAACCUGUCGGUCACUGGUCUGCAGUCUCAUUGACAGUCAUUAUGACCCCACACCCCCAGCAAUGCUGUUUACUUACUUUUUUGUUUUGUGCAGCUCAUUGUUACUCUCAGAAGCUCUGUUCGGAGUUGUAGUCCAGACUUGGACUUUGAAAUUUGAUUUAUCAUGUAUUAGUUUUGGACUACAUCACUCCAUCCCGCCGCACCUUCUUUCGGACAACUCUGUAUUCGGUCUCGCAUGGUAUUUUGAGUUUAUUUUUUCUACUCAACUUGUAAGUUCAUCCUCAGUUCGUAUGCGGCAAAGGCGAUUCGAGUUUCCGCAGGAUGAAACAUCAUGAACAAGUGUGAAGACAGUUUCUGUUGUAGAGAUGAUGAUCUCACCGUCCUGCCUCUUUUUGCUUUAUGCCCUUCUGUUUAUUGUUCUGAAAUACGCUGCAAAUAGAGACAUUAUCGUCACCUUGUGAGCAUUUACCCUUUAUUGGUUGAGGUUAUAUUUAGGCCACUCAUCUUUCUCGCUCAGCCAGCUUACUGAAAGAAAUGCAAAACUUGCUGCUUCUUCAUGUCAAAGUGGAGCAUCAGAUGUGUUCCUUAAAUUUUUCUUUGCUUUUUGUCAUGGUUCGAGAGGGACGCGAUACCCAAGAUCAAAGCAACUGGACAGUGGAAUUCACAUUUUUCAAAUGACUUAUUGAUUUGAGAAAUGCUCGCAACAUUGCUAUUUAGUAUUUCUUCAAAAGGAACAUUGAGUUGUAACUUGCAGUACAUCCACAAGCCUCUAGAGGGCAGGCAUUUAUGUAUCUUUCUAAUUUUAUAUACUGCUUCUGUGAUUUUCUGUUUGUCUGUGAAAUUACACUACAGAAAAUGCAAGGGUUUUCUUUUAUAACGAAAAAAUGUUAUUUUCCCUGUUAAACAGUUGUCUUGAACUUCCCAAAUAUUUGAAGGUGGCUGAAACUAGUUGGAAAGCCUGCUCUGGGAUAUUUGGUUGACUGUAUUUGUUUUAGAAUGAGAACUGCUAAAAGGGUAUAUUUAGUCAUGUCCCCAGAUAAUGAAAAAACAAAAAAGUGCCUUAUCAUACUAUUGUGUAUCGUAUACUGGUAAAACUGGUAACUUAUAGAUCGACCACAAACACAUUGGCAUCUACUAAAUAGUUUUUUUACUAAAUCAAAGAAAUACAAAUUAUUAGGAAUUGACAGGUCUGUUACAGAAUAAUUUUGUUAAAAGUGCUGUAAACCAAGUGUGGUCUAAGUUUAUUUUCAGCCAUUAUUUCUUCAAAGUUUCAUGCUGGUGUUGUUGGGAAGUAAAGGUCCUGUUGAUUGUGUUGUUGUUAACACAUCCGUUCCUGUCAUGUUUAUUUUUGGAGCUCUCUGCAUAUCCAUAGCCAUUUGCAGCAGUUACCGUGGCUCAAAAAGCAUUUUUACAGAGUAUAGUCAGGGUGUCGUCCUCUUUUGCUUAUUCUCAGAUAUAGGAAAUGCUUUAUAACAGACUUGAGCCUGCUGUGUAAUGGAGGGUAAUUCUAAUUUAAGGAUAUAUUAAACUCAGCAUGCUUGCAUGCUACUGGUGACAGCCAAGAGUUAACCUACAAAUACAACACCUCACCAUUAAAGUUCAGACCUCAAUGCUCUGUAAACCUGCAUUAAUAUCUUUUUUUUUCCUUACGCUAUGGUGACCCAUGAUCAGUUAGAGUUUUCUGUUUUAUUUCAGGUUAUAUGUUGACAACGUCGUCUUGCACAUGUGAACAGCUAUAAAUAAGUAUGGGUAAUGUUUUAAUAAAGGAUUUAAAAAGUGCAAGGUAAAUUGUUUUCGAUGCUGUUUUAGACACGUCUGAAGAUGUUAGAGUUAUUAUACUAAUACGUGUAGCCUUGUCUGAGGCUUGCACAGAAACUUUAAACCCACAUUUUCCCUUUGAAAGUCGUAUUUCAAAUUGUUUGACAAUUUAAUUGUUUGUCAUUUUUCCAUUGUGUUUAAGUUUUUGUUCUCUGUGUUUGAUAAAUAUGUUGUAUAUUUUACAUGUUUCUUUCAUCCUAGACGUUUUGGAAUAAAAAAAGAAAAACAACAUUGUUCAGUGAA